AUGCGUUUCGGUGCGUUGUUGGUGCUUUGGGUGGUCGCGGAUGGUGUGUUUACGGUGGCCAAUCCAGCGAUCGGUGGUGGUGUGUUUGCGGCGACGAUCACGCGUGCUUUGGUGCCUCCGAAACGGGACUCCUUGCUUCGAUACGGAUCGGGGCAGCCUGAAAUCAUCGUCAAUCGAGCUCCAACCCAAAGGGAUCCCGCUGGGUCAGGAGGUUAUAGCUACGAUACACCCUCCGGGGGGUAUUUGCCACCCGAAUCGGUUCCGUUCGCGGAUGAACCUCCCGCACCGGUACCUCCCGUCAACAACUAUCUUCCCCCGGUGCUGGCUCAGGACGAACCGAUCGCCGAUGAGCCGCAAGUACCCGUGGGAGAGUAUCUUCCGCCUGCUGACCCACCACAACGGGAUGAGGUGUUCCUGGUGCCAGUGGCUUCUACUCCUCCACCCGAUCGUGGGUACAACUACAACCCACCCGUGACGACGUCUACCUUUGGUCCUCUCGGGGAUGAAGGCUUCGAGGAGGGCAACGAACCGACGGAGGACAAUGGAGGCUAUCGAUAUGAUCCUCCCACCAACAUCUAUCUCCCUCCGACGGGCGUUGGACGAUCCUUGCGAGAUGAUCCUGGUGCGGUUCGGACUCCCAUCCGGUUGCAGCUGAACGAACUCGCUUGUCUACGGAAUAACGGAGGGUACUUCCGGGCGGCCCUCACCGUACAGAGCUCGAUCGAUAGUUCGCCACUGGUGGACGUGGAAAAUGAUGGUGGAGACUUGAAUGGGUGCGAAGUGCGCCUCGAUCAGUCCCGACUGCUCGUCGACAUUGCGUGGCCUGAUUUCGGGCGAUGUGGUGUAGCUCCUUGUGGUUCAACACCAACGCGGGAGUUGUGUCUGCGAGUUCGUUUUCCAGCUAUUCCAGGGAUGCGAACGGCCGUAGAUCCUGUGCUGACGUUGCAGUGUCGAAUUCAGCAGCGCAUCGUCGCAAGGACACAUUCGGUGCGUCUUGGGGUUGCGGAUGAUGGUGCACAGGGUCGAGCGGCUUCAGGGACCGCCCUAGCUGUCGGAGGCUCCCAGAGGCCUUUUCGAUCGCAGCUCGGUAUCUUUCGACGACAAACUGGCGGUGGUUCGUUCACUCGCGCACUGCAACCGGGUGGUGCCGUUAUGUUGGGCGAAGAGUUGAUGCUGAGAACGCAGGUUUCCGCCGGCGAUGGCUGGAACUUUACGCGCCUUUCUGAGGUGGUGAUGCAGCGACUCUCACCAACUGGAACCGUUCUCAACUCAGCCUCGCUCGUCAACGUGAACGGGUGUUUGAAUCCGCUCAUGCGUGCCAUCAGUCCAUUGGCGCCGGUUUUCGAGGCUCCGUUAGGCUAUCGGCUCGGAUUCCGGGCGGCCAUGUUCCAAGGAAUGCGCAGUGGCGACGAGAUGAUCCUGCGUGUCCGAAUAGUCGGUUGUGUUGAUCGACGCGAGUGUGUUGUGGACAACUGCCCAACGAUCGCACGAUCGAAGCGUGAAACCGAUGCGCCCACCCUCGAAGGACUCGAACCCAACGCGACGUUAACGGCCGCGACGGUGGAACCACUAGCCGAGACGGCUUCGAUCGCGUUCCGGAUCAUGCUCCCUUCUGAGGAGCCUGCGUCUGUCCGCGAUCCGCAGGAUUAUCCCUCCGGACCCAUCCCGCACUCCCUGCUUUGGAUCACCCUCGGGACAACGGGCGCAUUCGUGCUCGCCGUUGGGCUUCUCGCGUUGGUGCUCCUGGCAUUGCGCCACCGACGUCGGCCCACUUACGACGAGUAUCGAUCGGAUUAG